ACAACCUUCCCUACUCUCCCAAUGUCAUCAUCUCCAACCAGUUAAGCUUAGUAGUAACUUAAUCUAAAGAUCAUUGUUACUGACUGUGGCCUCCUCUCUCUGUGCUACAGAUGACCUUCCCUACUGUCCUAAAGGAAUCACUUCCAAAGUGUUCCGUUUCAACAUCUCAGUGAUGGAGAGGAAUUCCACCAACCUGUUCCGAGCCGAGUUCCGAGCUCUGAGGGUUCCAAACUCUGCUGCCAAUAGGAAUGAACAGAGGGUCGAGCUCUACCAGAUCCUGAGGCCAGACGAGCACAUAGCUAAGCAGCGCUACAUCGGAGCCAAGAACGUGCUGACCAAGGGAACGUCCGAAUGGGUCUCCUUCGACGUGACAGAGACGGUACGGGAGUGGCUGAUGUACAGAGAGACCAACCUGGGUCUGGAGAUCAGCGUACACUGCCCAUGCCACACCUUCAACCCCAACGGUGACAUCAUCGACAAUGUGAACGAGGUGCUGGAGGUCAAGUUCAAAGGGGUAGAAGGGGAGUAUGAAGAGCAGGGUCGUUGGGACCUGGGCAGGUUGAAGAAACAGAAGGAGCAGUACCUGCCUCACCUCAUCCUCAUGAUGAUCCCUCCUCACCGCCUGGAGCCACAGCCACGUAGACGUAAACGAGCCCUGGACACCGACUACUGCUUCUCCACCGUUGAGGAGAAGCUGCUGUGUCCGUCGUCUCUACAUCGACUUCCGUCGGGACCUGGACUGGAAGUGAUCCACGAACCUAAAGGAUACUUCGCUAACUACUGUUCUGGGCCCUGCCCCUACCUGAGGAGGCUCCGACACCACACACACACAG